UUUUCAUAAAGCGAGAUUAAAAGCCUUGUAUCAGGUUUCAUAUUAUCAUUUUUUAAAAUAGCAACAAAAAUUCGCUGUCACUUUGACGUGCGUUCUACUAGUUUCUUUCCUUUUCUUUCGGUUCUGUCAAACAAAUCGGAAACAUGGCUGAGGUCGAUGAAACUCUCAAGAAAAAGCGUACCUUCAGGAAGUUUACCUUCCGAGGUGUCGACCUUGAUCAGCUUCUGGAUAUGCCCAAUGAGCAACUCAUGGAGUUGAUGCACGCCCGCGCUCGCAGGCGAUUCGCCCGCGGCCUGAAGCGCAAGCCGAUGGCGCUGGUGAAGAAACUGCGCCGCGCCAAGAAGGAGGCCCCGCCAAAUGAGAAGCCCGAGAUUGUUAAGACACAUUUGAGGAACAUGAUCAUUGUUCCCGAGAUGGUUGGAUCCAUUGUUGGUAUCUACAACGGCAAGACUUUUAACCAGGUUGAAAUCAAGCCUGAGAUGAUUGGCCACUACCUCGGCGAGUUCUCAGUCACAUACAAGCCUGUCAAGCACGGUAGGCCCGGUAUCGGUGCCACCCACAGCUCCCGGUUCAUCCCACUCAAGUAGUGCGUUGACCAACACCUAGGCUUAAGUCUAAAACAAAAAAUGUACACAAGUGUACAAUAAAAGUAUCUUGUGUCAA